CCCGGGGCUGCGGGGAGGGCGGCAGCAGGUGGGUAAGUCCCGGCGCCAAUGAGCAGGCGCUGGGCUCCCCUAGCAACAGUGCCCGCGCCAAUGGGCGCCGGGAGCUGCCUGCAACGCUGCCUGCAACCCUGCCCGCAACCCUGCCCGAGACGGGUUUUCCCAGGCGACCCUUCCUCGCUGCCCUGGCCCGGGCCUGGUGUGGGUUGAGGGGCAGAGAGCUGCAUCUCGCUGCCCUCCCUGUGCUCUGCUGGCCGGGCCGUGCCGUGCCAUGCCCACGCCAGCCAGCCGGUCCCACUGUGCCCCGUUCCCUGGACACGGGCGGUCGACAGAGCUCCUCUUUCACCCCACACAGCAUCGCCCGUCCCCGUCGGGGCAGCCAGGGCCAGUGCGUCGCUCCUGGGCUCUGCGGUUAAAGUCCAAUCCUGCUUAGCAUCCCCUCGGGGGCUCAGGCAGGGCGGGCAGGGGCCCGGCGCUUGGCUGCCCGCUCCUUGCCUGCCUGCUUCCCCAGGAUUAGUCACUGCACUCGGUUUCCCCCCGGGGGGAUUUGCCCUGGCUGGUGUUUCCUUCCCCAGCCGCAGGGAGGGAAGAGGCCUGUGGCAGGGAAGAGCUACCGGUGGGGCCCGGCCUGGGCAGCAGCGAGGUGCUGGGCAAUAGGCAGCCAGACUGCAGCCUCUGCCCUCAUCCCUGCCCCUUCUCGGUGCUCUGGUUUUGUGAGCCGUGCCGGCUGCUUUUAACGUGGCACUUGGACAGACUGGUGCUGGCCUGGGGACAACUGGUGACAGUAAACCCAUCCGAAACCAACCGGGCCCAGAAAGGGACCAGGGGAGCAAAGGCACGCUGGAACUGGCUCCAGGUGGGAGCAGGCAGACGGCUGCUGUAAUUAGGUUUAAGCUGGAGCUGGAUCAGUCUUUGCGGGGGAUUAUGACCCCUCUGUCUACAUAGGCUCUGCAGGUGGCCUGGCGACUGCCUGCUCGGCAUCCCGGCACAGCCGUGGCAUUUCAGCUGGGGCGGGCGCCAGGGAGCAGUUUUGCUGGCAAGCCAUGGGGCAGGAGCGGAGAUUUUGAUGCCUCUCCCGGGAGUCCCCAGAGCCAUGACUGCAACUGUGCAGACGCUGCGGUUCAAGCUGCUGCCGCACGAGCCGGACCAGGAGUGGGGGCACAGCUGCCAGCAGGAAAUUGAGCGUCGCUACCAGGUGGUGCCCUCAGUGGUGUGUGCCAUGUGCUGCCUCUUCGGCAUCAUCUACUGCUUCUUCGGCUACCGCUGCUUCAAGGCCGUCAUGUUCCUGACAGGGCUGAUGUUCGGCUCCAUCAUCAUCUUCAUGCUGUGCUACAAGGAGCGGGUGCUGGACACACAGCUGAGCGUGGAGGCAUCAGUGGGCAUCGGGCUGGGCAUCGGGGUCCUGUGUGGGCUGGUCACCAUGCUGGUGCGCAGCGUCGGCCUCUUCAUGGUGGGGCUGCUCCUGGGGCUGCUGCUGGCAGUGGCCACGCUGGUGGUGAUGGAGCAAUUCUACCACCCACCGACGGUGUGGAUCCCCAUAGCGCUGCUCCUGGGUGUGGGGAUGCUCUUUGCCGUCCUCACCCUGCAGUGGCAGCGCUUCUUCACCACCCUCUCUACUGCCGUCUUUGGCAGCGCCAUCAUGACCGUCACUGUCGACUACUUCAUCGAGCUCUUUCUCCUGGUGCAGUACAUCUAUGAGCGCAUCAAGGUGGCCCCUGCUCGCCCCGUGUGUUGGUACAGCUGGGUCAUCCUGGGUGUCUGGCCACUCCUCACCACGCUGGGCGUCCUGGUCCAGUGGAAGGUCACGGCUGAGGGCUACUCCCACACAGAAGUGAUCAUCAGCCGGCAGCAGCGCCGUGUGCAGCUGAUGCGCAUCAAGCAGCGGGAGGACCGAAAAGAGAAGAAGAAGAAGCGGAGACCCCACCACCCACCACCUCACCAGCACAAAGCCCACCCACCUGAGCCUGCCUACCGCCGCAAGCCCAACCCUGUGCGCCGCUUCGAUGGGGACGUGCUCUCCCCCGUGAGUCCCGCACCCAGGAGCUACAUCCAGAGUUUCCGAGAGCGGCAGACGGGGCCGUCCCUGAACAGCCUCAUCACCAGCUCCCACGCCGUGGUGGACCUGGACUAUGACUGCAGCUCCACCGUGCCCCUCACCACGGGCUCCGGCCCCGCCGUGAGGGUAUAAGCCAACCCAGUGACCUCAAGCAACACCAGCACCCCAGCCUGCUCCGACAGACCCCCUGGGACAGGCGGGGCUGUGCCCUCAGCCCUGGGCAGCCAUGUGCGGCUUGGGGCU